AAUACAUCAUUGUUGCCAUAGAAACCCUUCAAAUAUCUUAAUUCUGGUUAAUAACUCCCACAGCAGCAUCUAUUCUUCACAGAUUCUUACUAGUUAAAUUGGUUGCAGCCUGAAAGCGUCUACAUUUUUAAGGUUAUUGUGGCAUCAAUGCAGGCUGCAGAUGAAGAGGUAAGGGGGAUGAAGCUGAAGACGUCUCGGCUCUGCAUCAGCUGAGAGAUCAGUGAAGGAGGUGGCAGCAUGGCGGCUCUCACCGCGUCUCUGCUGCUGCUGCUGCUGACCAUCGUGCCAACAGGCUGUGCUCGCUCCCUGGUUGCAGUAAACUCUGGAGUGCAAGUGGCCAGAGGCCGCAUGAUUUACGUCACAAAGUCUGAGCUGAGCUUCGUCACCGACGUGGAUGCCGACUGCAAAGUGGAAGUGGUGUUGAACGAACCAGUGACACAGAGAGUGGGGAAGCUGAGCCCACAGGUGUUUGACUGCAACUUCCUGGAGGAUGAGGUAAAGUACAUCCACAACGGCAGUCCUCUGCUGGAUGAGGACACUGUGAUGCUGAGAGUCUAUAGCUUCAGAUCCGUGGACACGCAGGUGGAGGUGGUGAUUUUCAAGAUCCAGGUGGUAGACGUUCAGUCUGGUGUCGUGACGCUAGGCAGCACGCCACUUGUGGUUCCUCAGUUCUUGGGUUUAUCUAACGCCAUCAAUAGCUCCAUGUUGACCAUCAAGGCUGCUGCUGACCGCAUCUGCACCGUCAGGUUAAUGACCAGCGACACUGGCGUCCCAUCUGCAGGUCAGCUGGUCAGGGAGGACAACGCCCCACACAGGAAAGGUCGACAGGUGGCACUGUGUCCUGGAAACAAGCCCUGUCUUCAUGACACAGAGGGCAUCCGCCAUCUAAAAACAGGCUGCCAGGACUUCUUGAGCUUGGGUCUGAAGUACCAACACCUCAGUCCUCCAACCCCACAGAUCGACUAUGUUUCCAUCAGAGUGGAGCUGCGUGAGCAGGCUACCAGGGUUCUGCUGGAGUCAGAGGCUGUGUGGCUGCCAGUUCUGAUCCUUGGUGCUAUGCAGAACCAACCCCCCAAAGCAGGAUUCAUGGCUUCCUUCAUCCUGGAGGUAGACCAGUUCAUCCUGACUCCGUUUACCACGGCAGCGUUGGACGCCGAAGACCACGAGUCACCAAAGGAGAAGCUGGUCUUCAACGUGACUGUCCCACCCGGGGAGGGCUACAUCACCCACCUGGACGACCACACCAGACCCAUUCAGUCCUUCAGCUGGCUUGACCUCCACCACCUGAAGAUAGCAUACCAGCCGCCCAACAGCAGCUCCCCCCACCGCCGGGACUUUGAGGUGGAGUUUCAGGCGAUAGACACCUCCUUCCUUCCCAGUCCACCCAUGCUGGUGCACAUCUCCAUCAGGCCAUCAGAAACCAUCGCACCCAGGGUGUCCUGGAACCUGGGUCUGGACCUGCUGGAGGGUCAGUCCCGACCAAUUACAUGGGAGGAGCUGCAGAUCGUGGACAGCGACAACAUUGAUGCUGUAUUCCUGGUGGCGGUGGAUGGCCCUCAGCAUGGACGGCUCAGCGUGAGGGGAGGAAAGGCCUUCAUGUUUCAAGUACGAGACCUGAAAGAGGGUGUGGUCGUCUACCACCACUCUGACAGCGACACCACCCACGACCACAUUGUGUUCCGCAUCAGUGAUGGCCGUCGCAGCAUCCGGCACAAGUUCCCCAUAAACAUCCUCCCAAAGGACGACUCUCCGCCUUUUCUCAUUAACAACGUGGCAGUGGAGGUGCAGGAAGGCGGGGCCGUGCGGCUCGAGGAGUUUAUGCUUCUCGCCUCAGACCUGGACUCCAGCGAUGAUCACAUCCUGUACCACAUCAUCUCCCCACCUCGGGCAGGGCAGCUGAUCAGGAGAACCUCCACCCUGGAGAAUGCUGUACCAGUGGAUCAUUUCCUGCAGAGGGACCUGACCCAGGGUCGGAUCUUCUAUCAACACUCAGGAGAGGAGACAUUUCAGGACUUCUUCGACUUUACUCUGGCUGACAGUCACCAGCCGCCCCACCUUUCUCAGACAUAUACUAUGGUGAUCUACAUCUUCCCUGUGAAGGACCAGCUGCCGGUGGAGGUCUCUGGCACCAUUCGUUCACUUACAGUAAAGGAGACAGAGGUUGUCUUCAUCACCCAGGCUCACCUCCACUUCACAGACUCGGAGGACCCAGGUGCAGACCUCACCUUCAUCAUUACGCAGCCGUGCUUCAGCCCAGCGCGCCCCGAAAUGAUGGAUGCAGGACGUCUGAUCUACAGCGACAGCACCAACAACAUGAAGAAAGACCACAUGGUGCCAGGCCUGAAGUCCUUCACACAGCAUGCAGUGGACCACAUGAAAGUGGCCUUCAUACCUCCCAUGGAGGACAUCGGAAAUCAGCCGCUUUUCGUCCAGUUUGCCUUUUCUGUGGUCAACCAGCAUGGCGGCACCAUCUCUGGGCUCACCUUCAAUAUAACCAUCAACCCCGUGGACAAUCAGAAACCUGAGGCCUUCACUAACAUACUGCAGGUGGAGGAGGGCGGAGCGACCUUUGUGACAGAGGAGCAACUGCUGGUCCAUGACCCGGACAGCCGGGAGGAGGCACUGAGGGUGGAGGUCCAGAACACAGCUCUUCAUGGUCGACUGGAGCUGCAGGGUCGUGUUCUGCUGCAGGGAGAAGGCUUCAGUCUGCAGGAUCUGAGAGGACUGCGGCUCAGGUAUGUUCAUGAUGACUCUGAGAGCACCGAGGAUGAGGUGGGUCUGAAAGUGACAGACGGCGUGAACUUCGCAGAGGUCGUCCUGCACAUUCAGGUCCUACCCAUAAAUGAUGAGCCCCCACAGUUGGGGCGGGGUCUAAAUCGGGAUCUGACCUGUAGGGAAGGGGGGCGGAUCCAGCUGACUGUGGACUACCUGUCCGCCACAGACCGUGACAGCGAAGACUCCAGGCUGACUUACAUGCUGGCCCGGACCCCUAACAUAGGAGAGCUGCAGAGAGACGGUAUCACCGUGUUCAAGUUCUCCCAGCAGGACCUGUUACAGGGACACAUCUACUACCUGCACUCAGGAGGAGAGAUCGGUCCAGAUCCUGUGACCGACAUUGUCACCCUCAUCAUCUCUGAUGGCGAGUCUGGCACGAAAGAUAGCUGUUGUCAUGGAGAUCCCCCACCCCCACCGGUUCCCCUCCAUGGGACGCUUCCUGUUUAUGACCUUAACAUCACAAUUCUCCCCGUCAACAACAAAGUUCCCAUCAUCACUUUGGGUGAAAACUUGUUGGUAGUGGAAGAAGGCUCAUACGUUUGUCUCUGUGGAGGAGUUUUGGGGGCGUCAGACCCCGACAGCCACCUUGAGCAGCUCACAUUUCAUCUGGAGACUCCACCUCUCUAUGGCUUCAUAGAAAACACGCUGCCAUCAGACGGCUCAGAGAAAAGCAACGCCGGAGUGCCAGUGGAAUCCUUCAGCCUUUCCCACCUGACCUCUGGUUUUAUUAACUAUGUCCAAUCUGAGCACAAAGGGGUGGAGCCAACUGUUGACCAGCUGUCCAUCACUGUGACUGACAGUGUGCACAACUCUGCUCCUGUCAUCUUUUACAUCAUCAUCAAUCCAACCAACGACGAGACUCCUUCUCUGAUGUUUGCUAAUUUUAGCGUCAAGGAGGGUGGGUUUAGGGAGCUGACUCCCUCCAUACUGGAUGGAUUUGACCUGGAUGCCCCUCCAGAUGUGCUGACCUUCACAGUGGAGCGGGGGCCCGCUCACGGCAGUCUGAGCAGCAGCAUCAGUGGUUCAGAUCCCAACCAGCAGAUGGGGAAGGAGCUUAUGCAGAGGAGGCUCCACCUUUCCUCCUUCACUCUGCAGGAGCUCCGACAAGGCAUAAAGCUCUUCUACAUGCACGAUGACACGGAAACCCUGGAGGACACCGUGGUGCUACGGCUGACAGAUGGCGUCCAUACAGUAGAGGGGACAGCUCAGGUCACCGUGAUGCCGGUCAACGACAACAAACCACGGCUGCUCAAGAACGUGGGUCUGACUUUGAACUUUGGUGAGCUCAGAGUCAUCUCCAGUUUGAUACUAGAGGUUAAGGACUUGGACACGCCCCCUGACCAGGUCCUCUUCAUCCUGAACACUGUGCCGAGAUUUGGAAAUUUAACCCUUAAGGGAGAGUCGGGUUGGGUCAAACUCUCGGCGGGUCAGAACUUCUCUCAGGAUGACGUGGAGAUGAACCGUCUGUGGUACAAACACGCCGCUGCUGUAGCUGCUGGGUUCAGAGGUCACGACAGUUUCCGCUUCACUCUCAGCGACUUGGACAACGUGGCGCCGACGCAGACCUUCUUCAUCUCCAUCCACAGGGUCCACAAAGGUGAGAUUGCGCUGCAGAGUGAGCCGGUGCACCUGAUGGAAGGGCAGCGGGUCGUCCUGAACACCGACAUCCUGCUGGCGUCGGACUCAGUGGGCCGACCAGAUGAGCUGGUCUUCACGGUGUUGGUCCCGCCUCAACACGGUCUGGUCCACGUUGUUCAGCAUCCGGGAGUGGCGCUGACCAGCUUCACCCAGCUGGAUGUGGCAGCGCACAGGGUGUGUUACACCCAUGACAACAGCCAUGACGGCGAGGCCGACUCCUUCAGUUUUGUAGUCACCAACGGAGACUCAUCCCGCAGCGGUGCCCUCGUCUUCAUCAUCCAGCGCAGUGACCGCAUCCCCCCCACCCUGCAGCGCAAUAGCGCCCUCCGGCUGCAGGAAGGCUCCACUGCAGCCAUUGACAACCAGCACCUGCAGCUCACCGACCCUGAUACUGCCGCCGCCAACCUGAGCUACACGGUUACCCAGCUGCCCCGGUAUGGUGAGCUGUUGCUGAAAGGAACCCCGCUGACGUCAUCGCCGCCAUGCUUCUAUCAGAAGGAUGUGGACGAGCUGAAUCUGGUUUACCGGCCCGACUCCAACAGCCCAGCUGAGAUCGACAGGUUCCACUUCCUUCCUGGAGACGGAAGCAACCAGGGGUACCUGGAGUUUGGACAGCUGAGGGAGGAGCCUGUUGCGUUCAACAUCCAGGUGGAACGCGUGGACCGGACCCCACCCAGCCUGACCAUCCAGCAGACCCCCAGCAGCAUGGUGGAGGUGAGAGAUGGUCGUUCAGGCAUCUUCAUCACCAGCAGACACCUGCAGGCCUCGGACCCUGGCAGCUCAGCAGAGCAGCUCCAGUUCUCCAUCAGCAGACCUCCACGCUUCGGAUACCUGGAAAACGCCGUCACAGGAGCAUUCAUCAGGGCCCGCUUCACGCAGCGGGACGUGGACCGGCGAGCCCUGCUCUUCAUCGUCCCUGCAGACGUGGAAGUGACGAGCGACAGCUUUGAGUUCCAGCUGAGCGAUGCUGCUGGAAACAGCGCUUCGCCGCAGGUACUGGAGCUGUCCUGGUCUCGGGUGGAGCUGUCAGCAAGCUGCUACAGAACGUGUGAGCUGGCAGGAACACUUCAGAUCCAGAUCCAGCGCAGUGGGAGGAGCUUCGACCCAGCAUAUGUUGCCAUCCAGGUGGAGGAAGGAUCAGCCAAACCAGGCAGGGACUUUACUCACAGCUCAGCCGCUCUGAUUCAGUUUGAUCCAGGUGUGAACUUGAAGACCUGGAACAUAUUCCUGAUCAAUGAUGGUCUUGAAGAGAACCACGAGACCUUCACUGUCUUCCUGAAGAACCCUCAAAAUGCUGUUUUAGGACAGAGAACAUCUGCCACUGUGGAGAUCAUCGAUCCCAGUCAAGGAAGGUGCAAUCCAGAAGACACAGAGGUGGACAAGGACUGGCGACCUCCUCUUCCUCACCUUCCUGACCCCACCCCAGCAGGCAAAAAGGAGGAGGAAGACCCCAUCAUUGAGGUGGAGACAGAGAUGUUAUGGGAGGCGGAACUUCCCCCAGCUAGAGGGGACGUCCCAGACCACCACUCCCUCCUGGAUUCUGAGAUAGAGCCGCAAGAUGAGGCGUCUCCCAGCUACAGAACAACCCCCCACCAUGAGGAUCGCCAGCUAGGGGAGGGGGAGGCUUCAAGCAGCGGACACCGCCUGAGGCAGGGAGGACUGAAGGUGCUGCUGCCUGCACAGAGACGAGCUGAGGACAGAGUCUGGACGGUACGUCCAACACUCAUACAGAUCCAUAGUCUGACUCCUCUCCGGCUUGGGGGGCCACAGAUGGGUGGAGCAGGGAGGAGCUGGUCACUUCACAGUCGCCUCCAGCAAGACCAACGAGCCACAGACGCUCCUCUGGCAGCCGGACCACAGCUGGAGCUGCACCACAACAAGACAGUCAGCAGCUCGUGUCCUGAGGGGUGGACGCUCUACAGGGGGCGCUGUUAUACAGUGAGCUCGUCUGUGGCCAGCUGGGCCAGUGCAGACAGAACCUGCUCAUUGCUCUUCAACAGCAGCCUGAGCAGCGCUGCCUCCAGGAGAGACAUGGCCUGGCUGUGGAGGUUCGUGGGAAGGAGGCCGUUCUGGAUGGGUUCAACUGAAGAUCCAGCCCAAAGGAACCCGGCUGACAGUCAGCCCUCCCUCAGGCUGACGGGGGCUCUGCUGGGUCACUCUGCGGGUGGUGUUGGUCCUACCUGCAUGCUGGUUCAAAACCCCAGAAGUUGGGUUUCCACAAGCUGCUCUGCUGACAUUCAGCAUCGGUUCAUCUGUUCAUCGCCAGCUCCAUCAAACUGAAACCCACCAGCUCUAGGACCUGUGACCCCCCCUACCCCCCACCCCAUCACACGGUUGUGGUUCCAUCUUUUAUAACUUCAUAAUAAAGAUGCAGAACAAACAA